AUGGGAGGGUCAUAUCUNAUCAAGACUGCAUUCGUUACUCGGGACGGAAAAUGGGUUUUCAAACAACUCCCCUUUGGCGUCGCCAAUCCGCCUUUUCUGUUUCAACGCACGAUGGCAUUGACUUUCGCACAUUUUGGUCCAAUAUCUGGUCUUCUCGCGUACAUGGAUGAUCUUAUUUGUUGUUCAUCUACAUGGGAGGGUCAUAUCUCACUUUUGGAAAAUACCUUUCAAGCGCUACAAGCCGCAGGUCUUACAUUAAAACCACCAAAGGUACAAUUUGGGCCAAAGGAAGUGAAGUAUUUGGGGCAUAUUUUUUCCGCAGAUGGCAUACGUUUUGGUGAAGAUCGGAUAAAAUCGAUACUAGAGUUGCCAACACCAACAAACAUCAAAAGUUUGCGAUCAGUCCUAGGAACGAUCAACUAUGUCAGGAAAUUCAUCCCAGACUUAGCCGCCGUCACCGCACCAAUGGUUGAGCUUACGAAGAAAGACGCAGUGAAGUCGGUAGCGAAACGCUGGGGUCCGAAACAUGAUGAAGCAUUUGCCGAAGUGAAACGAUUACUCACCAACGCUCCUGUUUUGCAUUUUACGGACUUCUCUAAAGAGUUUGUUAUCCACGUAGACGCAUCUGAAGUGGGAGCGGGAGCAUUCCUGGCACAAAAGAAUGGCGAUGACGUGAAUAUAGUAUCAUACUUUAGCCAGCGAUUUAACAAAAGCCAACAACACUACUCUGCCACCAUGAAAGAAUGCUAUGCUAUUGUUCUUUCAAUUCAACACUGGCGUCCUCAUUUAUGGGGUAAACAUUUUACGUGCGUAACUGAUCAUGCGGCACUGCGAUAUCUUGAUUCGAUGCAAGACACGUCAAAUAUGCUCACAGAUGGGCAACAGCACUGCAAUCCUUCGAUUUACGGUAUAACAUAA